AUGACUAAUAAAUUUGCUUAUUGGAAUAAGAUUGGUUUAUUCGCAUUAGCGAUGGGACUACCAAUGUUAAAAAUUCAAUUUUCACACGCUGCGAUUAUAAGUACAAAAUGUUGUGGAUCAUCUCGUAAACGAACAUCAAGAUUAAGAAGAGCAGAAUUAACUACUGGUGUUGAUAGCGGAAUGUUACAACUGCAACGCGAUAGAGAACUUAAUAUCAUUAUAGACGAUGCCCACUUUAUACCUCAAAUACCACCACCGACUUAUACAAGAACGAUAAAUUAUAUGGGCUUACCUCCACCAUAUACUUCUGAAUCAAAUAAUGGAUCUGUGAUUACAAGUGAUUAUUCAAGUUCAAUAGAAGAGGGAACAACUCAAUCGACCACAUCAUCAAUAAUACAAACAUUACCACAAUCUUAUAGCUCAAAUUUAGCUUAUCAAACA